AUGAUUAAGGAUUGUAAGAAGGAAAAUGGAAAGAGUUACACAAUAAUUUUUAUGAGUAACAAAAUAAUACAAAAAUUAAAUAGUCAUUUCCAAUGUUACAAUAUAGGAUAAUAUUAGAAUAAACGAAAAUGUGGAAAAUGGAAAACCUUUUAUUAUGAUGAUAGUAAGUAGGGUAAUGUCAAUCUGUAAUUCUAAAUUAUAAAAAAUUAGUGGAGAUGGAAAAUAUGAUGAAAAUGGAAUGAA